UUAAAGCACCAUGAGUAGGAGCUGCUUGUGAAAGCCUACGCUGGCAAAUAUCAUCCAACAGCUUGGUGCGUUUUACGGAGCAGCUAAAAAAGGAAGCCAGAGAGGUGUGAAAAUAAUAUCUUGCACUGUCUUAUCUUGGAGGCUCCUUGUGCCAUUACAAGAUUUAAAACUUGUGUAACGGGUAUAUAUUAUUGUGGUUAUUUUCGGGAGAAUUUUAUUUUGACAGAUGGACUGGUUUUGCGUGUUGCGAGAGGAGGCGAAGAAGAGAGCGGUGCAGGAGAGUGUCGCAAACAGAAGUGAGUGUCGUGUCGUGCUCGAGAAGUUCGGUUGAUAAAGUUGCUUUAAUAGUACUGUAUCAGAGCUCUAGUCGAAUAAAAGACGACAUCACCUAGUGUUUUUGCGAACUGUGACCCGCAUUUCGCAGUUGAGGAUUUUGUUUUGUGUCGUUUUUGCUUCGUGGGCCGCAUCAGCUGCUGGAGUGACGCAGUAACUUUAUUACGGCUACAACGAGUGUGAGUGCAUAAUAUGUUUUUUUCGUGUGAAUUGUGACGUUUGAAGAGAUCCGAUCACUUUUUGCCUGAGUAUUGCGCUCAUUACGUUUUGAUGGUGAAACAGCGUUAUUGAAACAGACUAAUCACGCAUUUUUUCCCGUGUUCAACUCGUGUCUUUGCACGUGAGACAGAGACUGCUGUAUGCUGCAAUUAACGCAGAGAGAUUUGUUUUUGGAAGAUAAGGAUUUCCAGAUUAUUUUUGGUUGCCCUGCCACUCUAACGACAUCUCAGUUUGAUUCAUCUCAGUUUGAUUAAUCUGUUUGGUUCAUUGUUUGAUAUACCCAACUUCCCGGACAUAUCGUUGGGGUUGAGUGAGUCAACUACACUACUAAAGUGAAUUUGUCGUUCAAAUGUGAAAUUUCAUUGUGUAUGCCAUUGUUGUUGUUUCUUUCAAACUUGAUUUUGUUUAAAUUAACAGAUUGAACAGUGAGGUCUCAUUCUUAGUGGAAUUCAUGAGGAGUUUUAAGUGUUUCCCUUUUUGAAGUGCUACUGGGAUUUGUAACUUUAAAAGAAAAAUUAUUCCUACUGUUAUAUGGAAAGUGGUUGUGUUAUAGUGGGUGUAAAAGAAUCACACAUACUGCAACUUUUUCUGUUUUCAUUAUUUUAUUUCAGUGCCCAACUAAAAGUAAUCUUUGUUUCAGAGAAAAAUAAGAAGAAAAUAAAUUUGUUUCAUUUUUGGUUACUUGCUGCAGUGAAACCUUAUUGUUGAGGGCUGUCAGGGCUUAGGGGCGUCUCACCUAUCUUAUUAGACUCGGGAAGGGAGGGAUGUUUAAAACUGUGUCUCACAUACACCUUUACUUCAGGAAGCCAUUUCGUGACAUUACUCUAACUGAAGCCUGUCCUUGCCGGUCUGAGGUGAUAUGUAUCAAUAAGGUAGGAGACAACGUACAUGCAUAAGCGUGUAAAGAGACUAAAAGCACUAAGGGCGGGGACUAAGAUCCUUACGUUACUCAGUCCACCAGGGCAGCCCUAAGUAAUUCCCCUACCAGGCGGGUCUAAAUACCCCGUUACAAAGUGGCGUCACGAACAGGAUCGACUUAGGCACAUUUAACUAGUCACACGUCUCCAGGCCCACACGUAGUUUGUCAAGCAAAAAGAUGUCUGAACUCGAGGAACUAAGACAAUAGAUGGCAGAGAUGCAAAGGCGGUUUGCCGAGCAAGCAGGUGCACUCGAUCAAGCUAGAGCAGAGCAAAGAGAAGCCCUAUCCCUAGCAAAGGUUGUAAUUGAGAGCCAGGCCUCUGCACAAACGGCCCCAGCUGCCAUUUAUAUCCCGCGAGACCGAAAACUCCCUGAAUUCAGUGGUUGUGCGUCAAAACCAGGAGAGUUGAGUAUCGAAGAAUGGGUGACGUCAAUGAAGUCUGCAUUUCAGGUCAUGAGAGUACCCACUGAGGACCGGGUUGAGCUGGUGAAACAGCAUCUGAAAGAUGAGGCUAAAGCCACAGUGAAGUUCUUGAUGGAUGGAAAGGAAGAGACAGUUGACAACAUUUUCAGUGUUCUCCUUGACACCUACGGAGAUAAAGUACCCAUUGGUACAAGGCUUAAAGAUUUCUACGAUCGCGUUCAGGAUGCAGGGGAAACAAUACGGUCCUAUGCAUAUUACCUUCGAGAACGGCUGAAUCGUGUUCAGCGGCGGGAACCUAAUCGAGUGGCAGAUGUUGAAAAUGUUGUAAAGGAGCAGUUGGUGUUAGGCUUAAAAGAUGACUUUUUGCGACGAGAGAUGAAGCGCAGACUUAAAACUGAGCCAGCUUUGACUUUUGUGCAGUUGUUGCAAGCGGCAAUUACCUGGUCGGAGGAGGAGGAAACGCAGGCUCCUAGUAAUAUAAGGUUGAGUACGCGUGCCAGGGGGGUGGUGAAUGCAGCCGCAGCACAAGAUGCUCAUUCUGCCCUGUCGCUAGAGAAACUACAUGAAGCGAUCCAGAAAAUAGCUGCUCGUCAGGAGGAACUAUAUCAAGCUGUUCAUGGGGCAGGGAAAAAUAAGCCACAGCCAAGCCAUCCAAAGAAACAACCUUUAAAAGACAGUGACGGCCGUUAUAUCUGCUAUUCAUGUGGUGAACCCGGACACACAAGUCGCUACUGCUCACAAGGUGGCAAGUUAAAGAGGGAACCAGUUCCACUACAGCAUAUAUUGGGUGCAGCCGAAGUUUUGGAGAAUGACUCGGGAGGAGCGGUACAGAAAAGACCUGGGCCCUCAUUGGUUCGAUGUCACACAGCGGAGUGGUUUGCUGAUGGGACCGCUGUAAAACUGAAGGACAGUGCUUUUGGGGAUUGUCUGAUCAUUGAGGUGAAAAUCGCUGGUGUCAAGACCAAGUGCCUUCUGGAUACAGGGUCAGAAGUGUCUACAAUAUCUGAAUCACACUUCAGGGAACACUUCGGGGAACAAAAGCUGAAGUUAUCCUCUGCUUGCUGGGUCAAGCUGACAGCGGCCAAUGGAUUAGACAUUCCCGUCUUGGGAUGCUUGCAGGCUGAUGUUGAAUGUCUGGGAAAAGUACUUCCUGGCAAGUGCAUAUUCGUCCUGACUGACACAAGCCAUGAUGUGAAGGAAAUGAAAGGUGUGUCUGGGACCAUAGGGAUGAAUGUACUCAAUGAAGUUCAGUCCUUGUUCAUAGCAGCGGAAGGAAUAGAGAAGGUUGAUAAGUAUAAUCGACGAGAUGAAGGCCAGGUCAGGAGGGUGCUUGCUAGAGUGGAGAAAGAAGCAGGACAUCUGGGGCCUGAUGGAAGGAUUGGGUAUGUCAAGAUUGCUGGAAGACAGGCUGUCAUUAUUCCUCCCCAUUGUGAGAAGGUGCUGGAAGGUCGCUGUGGAGUGUCCCAUAGGCUGAAGAGUUAUGUGCUAGUAGAGCCAGCAGUUGGAACAAAUUUGCCAAAAGGACUCAUGGUGGCUCACGUUCUUGCUAAAGCAGAAGAUGGUAAGGUUCCUGUGCGUAUGGUGAACCUGAGUGAAAAGGCUGUUAGACUUGCUCCUCGAUCCAGAGUUGCUUCUGUGUAUAAACCAAAGGAGGUGAUCUCAAAAGAUGUGCUCGAAUUUGAGGAAGAUGAUGGUGUACUUCAUAUCAAGGAGUUGGCACGAGACAGGGUCCAAGCUGAUAAAACCUUGCUAGCAGAGCUAGCAGUGUCUGUUGAAGUGAAUUCUGAAGGACUCACCCCAGCACAAAGUGAAAGGCUGGUUGAGUUGUUAUCCAAGCACAGAGAUGUUUUCUCCAAGGAUGACCAGGAUUACGGUUACACCACGGCUGUGGUGCACAAUGUCCCUACAGGUGAAGCACCCCCAAUAAAGCAGCUUCAUCGUCGAAUACCACCACAGAUAUUUCAAGAAGUCAAGAGACAUGUCCAGGGUUUAGUGUCACAGGGAAUUCUCUAGGAGAGCAGUAGCCCCUGGGCAUCAUCUGCAGUUAUUGUUAUGAAGAAGGAUGGCAGUGUGCGUUUCUGCUGCGAUUACAGAAAGCUGAACCAGGUGACGUGUAAGGACGCAUACCCACUUCCACGGGUGGAUGAGGCCUUAGAUGCGUUGGGUAAUGCCAAAUUGUUUUCAACUCUAGACCUGACUGCUGGGUACUUUCAUUUAGCCGUGAGUGAUAGAGAUCGAGAGAAGACGGCUGUCACCACCCCAUUUGGCCUGUUUGAAUGGACCAGGAUGCCAUUCGGGUUGUGCAACGCUCCGGCCACCUUUCAGCGCCUUAUGGGUGUGGUGCUAGGUGACUUGGCCUUUUACGUCCUUCUGGUUUAUCUGGAUGACGUCUUUAUCUUCUCUAGAGACUUUGAAAGCCACUGUGAGAGGUUAGAGCUUGUCUUCAAUCGUCUGAGACAAUAUGGCUUGAAGCUAAAGCCAAGUAAAUGCUUUCUCCUACGGGCUGAAGUAAAGUUUUUUGGACAUCAAAUCUUUGCCGAAGGCAUAAAAGUGGAUGGUGAGAAAGUCAAAGCCCUGGAAACGUGGCCAGUCCCCAAAAGUGUAAGUGAGGUUAGGCAGGUGCUUGGAUUUAUGAGCUACUACCGAAAAUUUGUCCCAAGUUUUGCCCAGAUGGCUAAGCCCCUACAUGCGUUGGUAGGUGGGGGGAAGAAAAACAGAAUAUCUGUAGCUUUCACCUGGAGCCAAGAAUGCCAGAGGGCAUUAGAUGAGUUGAAGAAGAGCUUGAUGUCACCCCCCGUUCUUGCAUACCCUGACUUCAGUAUGCCCUUCACCCUUGCCACGGAUGGAAGCCAUCAUGGAUUGGGGGCCGUUCUCAGCCAAAAGCAAGGAGGGAUUGAGCGUGUGAUGGCAUACGCAAGCAGAGGCCUGAGGAGAACCGAGAAAAAUGACAAAAACUACAGUGCAUUCAAGCUGGAACUGCUUGCGUUGAAGUGGGCAGUCACAGAGAAAUUCCGAGAAUACCUUAUGUAUUCAAAAUUCACUGUCGUUACUGACCAUAACCCGCUCCGUUACCUCGACUCAGCCAACCUCGGAGCGGUUGAACAAUGCUGGGCCGCACAGCUGGCAGAGUACAACUUUGAAGUAUGCUACAAACCUGGCCGACUCAAUACGAAUGCAGAUGCAUUAUCGAGAAUCCCCUCCAGAGAGGAGCCAGAGAAAGUUGAUGAUGAAAAGGAUUUCAUCCAGCUAAGACCUGAUGAAGUAAGAGCAUGUUUCUGGCCAACCAAGAGGAUUGACCAAGCGGAACCUGUUGAUAAAGCUGUAGUACAAGCAUCGAUAAGAGGGGAAAUAAGUGGUUAUAGCUGGAGUGAAAUUGGAAAGCAGCAGAGGACUGACCCUUUAAUUUUUCCCAUUUAUAAAGCAGUUUCCGAUAACAAGAGACCAAGCAGAGUGGAUCAAAAUCGUAUGGAAUCGAAACUGAAGAAGCUUGCCAAGGACUUUGACCGUCUUAAGCUGCGACAGGGAGUGCUUUUCAGAAGAAUUCUUGAUCCUAGGGAUGGGGAGGAGAUCUGGCAAGUGGUUGUCCCUGAGCCUCUACAGCGUGAAUUGUAUGAGGGCCAUCAUGAGCAUGGGGGCCACUUUGGAGAGAGGAGUACAUUGAAUCAAAUGAGACGAAGCUACUACUGGCCCACUAUGUCUGCGGAUGUUCCAUGCUGGAUAAAACAGUGCAAAAGAUGUUUGCUGGCCAAAGAUGUUUUUCCCAGACUUCGAGCUCCUAUGACAUGUAGUAAUGUCUCCGGCCCAUUGGAGGUUCUCGCCAUGGAUUAUACGCAACUUGAGCAAUCUUCUGGAGGGUACGAAAAUGUGCUUGUCCUUACCGACAUGUUUACCAGAUUUACAGUUGCUGUUCCUACCAAAAACCAGACUGCAAACACAACAGCAAAAGCUCUGCUUAAACACUGGUUUGCAUAUUACGGUUGUCCAGCUCGCUUGCAUUCUGAUCAGGGCAGGUGUUUUGAGGCCAAUGUGAUCAAGGAACUUUGUAAAAUCUAUGGUAUAGGAAAAAGCCUUACAAGCCCCUACCAUCCACAGGGAAACUCUCAAUGUGAGCGAUUUAAUCGUACUAUGCACGAUUUGUUAAGGACCUUGCCACCAGAGAAAAAGAGAGAUUGGAAAACCCACCUUCCAGAGCUGGUAAUGGCUUACAACAGCUAUGUCCAUUCAUCCACCGGGUAUUCCCCAUUCUAUCUACUGUUCGGAAGGGAUGCGCGUUUACCAAUCGACGUGCUCGGGGAAAAGGAUCUAGAAGAGGAUGAGGUGGAUAACCUAGACGAUUGGGUGAGAGGUCAUCAUGCAAGAUUAAAGACUGCUGUGGAGGUUGCCAAUGCAGCAUCUCAAGAGGCUUCCAGAAGGAGAAAAAGAAUAUACGACCGCAAGUCGUUCGGAGCUCUUGUGAGGCCUGGAGAUCGGAUGCUACUGCGUAAUCACAAACACAGGGGUAGAAACAAAAUUCAGGAUAAAUGGGAAGACACACCAUACAUAGUGAUAAAGCAAAAUCACUUAGACAUACCUGUGUUUACUAUCAAACCAGAAAAAGGGGGUCCCACAAAGGUAGUACACCGAGAUCAGCUUCGGCACUGUUUGUUCACUACUCGUAGGACACCGCGUACACACCGACACAGAAUAAGAGACAAGUCAGGGUCAGACACGGACAUGUCAGACAUUGUCUGCUUUCCAGAAACUGCACAACACUCCACUUAUGUGCAUACGCACACAAGGGUGAAUCAAGGGGAGUCAGGUGAAGAACAGCCUGACAGUAAUGGGGGUCAGGAUGAAGUGUCAGAAUUGGUGUUGGGUGUACAAGAGAAAUCAGAUGAUGCAGAUGUUUCAGAAGUUGAAGGUGAAAUUGUUUCUGAACCUAGACGUUCUUUGAGGCAAAACAAGGGUACCCUACCUGUUAAAUACAGGGAUGACUACAUUCUAAAAUAAGUGUCUAAAAGUCACUUGUAGCAGUAAUUUCUUGGUAUAGGGAGUUACGAAUUUAAAACGUGAUGUCUUUCUAACAUGUUGUUUGUUUAUGUUUCAGAGAUAGACCUGCUGGGGAUGUCGAUGGAGUGGCAGGGUUUAGCAGGGGGGAAUGUAACGCGUAUAUAUUAUUGUGAUUAUUUUCGGGAGACUUUUAUUUUGACAGAUGGACUGGUUUUGCGUGUGUUGCGAGAGGAGGCGAAGAAGAGAGCGGUGCAGGAGAGUGUCGCAAACAGAAGUGAGUGUCGUGUCGUGCUCGAGAAGUUCGGUUGAUAAAGUUGCUUUAAUAGUACUGUAUCAGAGCUCUAGUCGAAUAAAAGACGACAUCACCUAGUGUUUUUGCGAACUGUGACCCGCAUUUCGCAGUUGAGGAUUUUGUUUUGUGUCGUUUUUGCUUCGUGGGCCGCAUCAGCUGCUGGAGUGACGCAGUAACUUUAUUACGGCUACAACGAGUGCAAUUCCCUGGUAUGUUCAGGUCUCAAAAUGAUCAGCCUAAGGGGAAAAGGCAUUUCAUUUCAACACCUACAACCAGUGUGAAAACGACUGAUUUUCAGAUGUAUGUCCUGCCUAAACAAACACUGGUCACUCCAAAAGGCACAGCAGACCUAGAGUUUGCACAUGCAGGCCUGGGUAAAAGACUUCUCAGUCUUCCAGACAACUUCAAACACAGUGAGAUUGUUUCUCAGCUUGAGGAUGAAUUUCCAAAAUGAAAAAAUCUAGAAGGAGGUUGGAUGUUCUAUAAAUCGACAGGUGGAGGUGGGCAGCGUAAACUGUCAGUUAUUCCCACAGACACUGAAGGAUAUUCCACUCGUCUCCUGAAAUCAGCUUCUAAUAAUGGGAAGAAUGUCCUGUAUGUAGUUCCAUUACAGGAGGAAUUGUCUACUGAACCACUGCCAUAUGAUUCAGUGGAGUUCUCAAAGAUGCCACAGGCAAACUGCAUGAAGUGUGGCAAAAAAAUACCACUGCAGUUGUUGCCACUUCAUGUUGAAGACUGUGA